AUGUCGCUUAAGUUAACAUUUUUUUCAUCUCAAGGACUAUUUAUUAUUUUAUUGGUUUAUACGGUCUCAUCAGCUGAGAUAUCGAAUGUCAUCACGUCGGAGAAUUACCCCCUGAAGUACCCCUCCUUGUCCAACCGAGUGUACAGGUUCGAGAUUCCGGGGGCAGACCGUAUACUGAUUACAUUUACAAACUUUUCAAUCGAGUACAGCUUCAAUUGCAACGCAGAUGCAUUGGAGAUUUUCUACAGCUCUGAUAACACUUAUAAAUUCCUUACAAAUUACUGUGGAUCAUGGGAGCCGUUUUCUCUAGUGAUGAAUUCCCCAAAAGGAGCAUUCAGAAUGAGAUCAGACUCGGCGGUAGAAAGCCAGGGUUUCCGCGCAGAGUAUUUGGCGAUUCAGGGAGAUUGUGAUAGGACGGUGAACAAUACAGAGGGAAUCUUGAUGUCACCGCGUUACCAUAACAAAUACCCGAACAAUGUCGACCACUACGUCACCAUAUUAAACCGGAAUGGGUCGAGAAUCGUUCUCCGAUUCACCGUCUUUGACAUUCAUCCUUCUGACUUCUUAGAGGUACAGGAUGGGACUAGUCCAUUUUCACCUGUUUUAGAAACAUUAUCCGGUAACACCCUCCCAGAUACUAUAUAUAGUUACGGAGAUGGUCUUCGACUUCAUUUGAAGUCAGAUUUCUAUUUUACAAGAGCUGGAUACAUAGUAAACUAUACAGUGGAAGAGGUAAAAGAAUGCCUAUAUACAGACAGAGGAACGGAGUACAUAGGGACGGAGAGCGUAACAGAGUCAGGAAUCCCAUGUAUGAACUGGAAAAAUUUAAACAAGUCUUAUGGAUUUCAGCACCUUCCCAGAAACUUUUGCCGGAACCCGGAUGGACGUAAAUCGCCUUGGUGUUAUUCAUCUCCAGGAGUGGUGGGCUACUGCUCAAUUAAAAAAUGUCAAAAUCCCAUAGAACAAACUACUCAAUUAGCCAGUAAAACAGAAAACACAGUUGAAAUCGUGAAAUCAGAAGUUUCUGGACAAAAGGAGAAUGGAGUCACGAAAGCAACCCCAAGAGAAACAAGAAAAACUACUACAAGAAUUCCGAAGCCGGUCGGGAAACCCGACGACACUGGUGAAGACCACUUCAACAAUGGCGGAGUUGAUUCUCCAAACAGAGACUUAUUAGUGCCAAUAACUGUAGGAGGUGUCUCGUUUUUUGUGGCAGUCCUGGCACUGCUUCUACUUAUCGCUAAAAGGAAACAUAUGAGAAACAGUCGCACUCGCAGUGUCCAAAGCUCCCCAGACCUACACCAAAUAGAUGAGAUGGCAUCCACCACAACAUCCGGGGAAGUUAGAUAUGGCCGUUCGAAGUAUCACCCGAGUAACAUACACAUCCCGUCCGAAGAGAUCACUUAUACUGCCAUCGAUAAUGUGGAGACAAACACCAAUCGGUCAGAUAGUUCUACGUCGGGAAGUUUGGAUCCCAUGGAUACGACGUUAAGAAGAUUCCGUGAUGGCAAACGACUAGCUAUGCAUUUUGAUGAGGACGGUUACGGCAUCGUUGACGAUGAGAUUAAAGAUGGAUUUGACGAUAAGAGAUUUGACUUGAAGAGAACACGAGAUGGCGACUACGAUCACCUGAGUUCUUUCAAAGUAAAAUGGCGGAAAGCAGAUGAAGAAACAGAAGCCUUGUAUGAUCACUGUCAGGCAGAAAUAAUUCGGGAAAGUAAACAGGGCAGUGAUAUUGAUGACACUUAUGAUCACACAAGCACAGUGCUUAUGAACAAAGUUAGAAAAAGUAAAGACCAAUCUGCCUCAGAGUCUAAUAUUUACCAAGACUGUAUGUCUGAAAAAGUCACAAGCAUUUGAAUGGUGGAAGAAGGAUUAAUUCUGACUGUGAUAAGAAAACAAGAUUUGUAUAUAUUUUAGACAAAUUAAUAUGUACUUGAAAACAACAUGCACAAUUGGCA